GUCAGUCGGUCGUGAGCGGCCGAACAGCCAGCAGGCUGAACGUGUAUUUUAUUUUCUACGACUUUGGACAGGUGAACUUCAGGUAUCGUGCAUCCCCACCAGGAGCAGUGGUUACCUUCGCGCGGUCAUGAGACACGGCAACGCGCAUCAGCAAGCAUGAGUACCCCGAAGAGCCAGGACACGAUCGACGCGACGGCUACCCCAAAAUCUUCGGAGGCGCCGGUAGCGAAACAAGAAUCAACGCCGGUGAAACCGAAGAACUGGGUUCAGUUUGAAGAAGAGACUCCACCGGAUACACCAGGUCGUCCCAAUAAAAAGACUGAUUCCGUAACCGUGGAAGUUGAGAAACCUGUAGACACCACGGUUACCCUAUCCAACGUAAAAGCACCAGCGGAGUAUAGCGGCGCGGUUAUAAUCGCGGAAUCCGUUCACGUAAAUGUCGAAAGAUCCGGCAUGAACCGAUCGCUCUCGGCAGAAUCGACUGAAAAUAUUCCAGAUGCUAGAACGACAAAUUCUAAUCCAAAAAGCGCGAGUCUCAAAACUAUAGAUCUUCAUGACGUCUCCAAUGGCCGCGGCAUUAAUAAUAUUGUCAGUACACCCAUUGGUAACAUACGCCAGGGCUUUGCUAAUGGAGAUACCAUAGUCACAUUGCUUCCGGUUAACACACGCUGGCCAUGGAUAACACCAGCUAAAUUUCGACCGGAACUCGUACCAGAGGAAUUAAUGGCACAAGGAUUGACUCUCACUGUGGAGGACUACGUACACAUCAUGGAACUCCUGGUGAAUGACGUCCGCUUCAACAUGUACAAUAUAUGCUAUAAACGCAUCCUCGUCCUCUGGAUCUUCACAGCCUUUGUCGUCCUCUUGGGAUUACUCUUCUCCGGGGUGACCGGGUUGACACUCUUUGGUCUUGGUGUCAUGUGGCUCGUACUCAAUGCCGCAGCAAUCUUCCUCUGUAUGUUCGUGAAGAUAAGGCUUAAUCAUAAUCUCGAGAAAUGUAUGGCUCAGGUAAACAAGCAUCUUCUACGGCACAAGAUACUCCUGGGACUGGAUGACCGCGGCAAGAUAUCUUGCCAUAAAGUCAAUUUGUGCUUCAUCUAUUUUGACACCACCGACUGUAUCAAAAAGCUCCAGGAGGUGAUAGAACGCGAGGAACGCGAGGGUAGGAUCAUCGGUGGCGACGAAGCUGCGGAAUCAAAACGUCGCCAGGAAUUGCAGCAGCGGAUGGAUAUCGAUGACAGCGACAUAGUCAUUCAGGGUAGUACGACGACGCGACUUUCUCGAAAACAGGAGCGGGCGGAGUUGCUGUUGCUGAGGUACGCGUCCAGAUGGGCGCAUCGCUUUGUGCGUCGCAGACUCGACCUCGUCGUAGACUCUCAGGAUCGCAUGGCGGGACGUAACAUCGCUACAGCGAAUAUCGGGCUAUCAGUUCCGCCACGGCAUUGCGUCUCCGCCCGCUGUCCCUGCCAAUUCAUCGAGGACCACCUCAAGUACAAGCCCCGAGCAGGACACAAAAAAGUGGAGGUUGCUGUGCUUUCCAAUCCACGUGUUUUGAACACGUAAAAGAGGUUUGACAACAUUUUACUUAAGGAUCACAUUGAUUGAAAAUUUCUUUGAUCUUCCAAAUUUUUAUGAGAAAUUUUAUGUAAGCGAAUUACGUUUUCUGUAUUCAUUUAUACUUGUUCUGGAAUUCAUUUCUUGUGGGAAAUUUUACAGAUAGUACAAAUUACGAAAAUGUCAACAAGAUGUUUUCAAAAGAUCUUAUGUCAUGGGUUUUGUUAUCUUCUAGACGCCUCGUGUCUACUUUUUAACAUAAAACGUCAGGUCAUGACACCUAACAACGUCUUGCGGACGCCUUUUCUUCAUUUGUGCUAUCUGGGUUUGCUAUGUAAAUGUACAUACUUGAAACAUUAACAACUUCUUGUGGUUUCAAUAUAUACUAAUUGAAUGAAUAAUACUAAUAUUUCUGCUUUUAGUUCGCAAUAAAUUAAUUAAUAUUUUCGUUUAACACUAUAAAAUUUUGAGCUUCUUACUUUACUAACUCCUGCCUGCCACUUUUUUCAGACUAUCCACCUGGCUUCACAUGGUGUGCUUACUUCAAAGAUCCUCUGAACAGAUCUGAUCCCCUUGGGAACUACAGUGGUUGGUAAAAUGUCGAAUAGACAGUUAAUAUUUUAGUGUAAUAAUAUCAUGGGACCGUCCGGUAAACAUAUCAAAAGGAAUAUCACAAUUACUGUUACAUUUAAAUGUUAGUAUUAUUGACUCUGCGAGGGUGACUCGUAGCCAAUGACACGCGUGCCUUUUCUCAUAGUGGAAUUUUGAAGCGUAAUCGCAAUUAUUGAAAAACGUGCCUUUAUGCUAGGGUUUUUCAAAGAUACUAGAGAAUGCUUGGAGCUUCUUAAAAAAAAAAUAUUCCAAUUAAUACUAUUUAGUGGGUAAUUGCAGAGGAUGCAUAGUAUUUCUUGACUUGUUAUGGUUCUGUUAUUCCCUUAAUGACUGCUUUGUUAUUUAUGUUUCUAUGUGGCGAUUAUGUAAUAAUUAUAGCAUAUGUGACUUGGAACAUGUAUCUAUAUAAACACAUUUUUUUGAAUGCACAAUUUAAAAGCAGUCAUUGUGUAUAUUUUAAAUGACAUAAAAAACAGUCUCUGAAUGUCUAAAACGUCCAUAAUAUUUAAUCUCAUCUAUUUUUUAAGAAUGACAAACAAAAGUAAUGACAAUGUUUUUAAUUUGUAUGAGGCUUGAACUCAUUUACUGAAUAAUAUUUACAGUAGUAUUGUCAUAUAAUUUAUAAGGAAUAAUGUAAAAAUUAUAUUACAUGUGAAAUAUCAAAAAUUACAUAGUAUUAUUUGCAAUUCCUCCUAGUAUCUCUGUUGUUAUUGCUGCAGUCAUUUUUUUUUUUUUUUAAACAAUCUCAGGAUGCACAAUAUUGAACAGAUUGUCUUUAUCACAUAUGAAAAUGUAUUCUGCAUAUUUUGUUGAUGUAUUUAUUUUUACAGAAAUGCAUUAUACUUUCAUUAAAUAAUAUAUAAUAUGA